GGAGGGCAGUCCUGCAGCACAUGUGGAGCUCGUCCUCAGAAUGAAAUGUAACAACCAGCUUGACAUUGUCCAUUAUAUGUUGAAGAGUAAGCGGUAACGGGAAUUAGCCCCGUCUGUCUUUUUAAGAACACCUUAGUCAUGGACGGCUCUAAUAAAACUCCAGUUAAAUAUUCUGAGAGCAUGAAGGAGGAUUUAAAACCGGAAGAAGCAGCUGCCUCUGUCCCGGGAUCCGUCGGGUGCUGGGGGUCCUGUCUGAAGUGUGUGCGACGCUUCAUCCCGCCGGACUUCCAGCACGAACUCCUUCAGCUUUGCAAACUAGCGGGACCAGUGGUCAUUUCCCAGUUGAUGGUGUUUAUGAUCAGCUUCGUCAGCACGGUGUUCUGCGGUCACCUGGGCAAAACAGAACUAGCAGGGGUAGCUUUAUCAAUCGCGGUGGUUAACGUCACCGGUAUUUCCAUUGGCACUGGUUUGUCGUUAACUUGUGAUACCCUCAUAUCUCAGACGUAUGGGAGUGGUAACCUGAAGCGUGUGGGGGUGAUUCUUCAGAGGGGGGUUCUGAUUCUGCUGCUGGCCUGUUUCCCCUGCUGGGCCAUCCUCAUCAACACUGAACCUCUUCUACUCGCUGUCAAACAGAGCCCAGAGGUUGCCAGUCUCGCCCAGCUCUAUGUGAAGAUCUUCAUGCCUGCUCUGCCGGCUGCUUUUAUGUACCAGCUGCAAGGGAGGUAUCUUCAAAACCAGGGGAUUAUUUGGCCUCAGGUGGUGACUGGAGUGGUUGCGAAUAUCUUCAAUGCAAUCAUCCAAUACGUCUUCCUCUACCCACUGAAUUUGGGCGUGGCCGGCUCCUCUGCAGCCAAUGCUAUCUCCCAGUACAUUCUGGCUGUGGUCUUAUACGCCUACAUCUGCUGGAAGGGUCUGCAUAAGGCCACAUGGGGAGGUUGGACCCUGGAGUGCCUGCAGGAGUGGGGUCCAUUCGUCAAGCUGGCCAUCCCCAGCAUGCUCAUGCUGUGUCUGGAGUGGUGGAUGUUUGAAAUCGGGGGGUUCCUGGCCGGGUUGAUCAGUGAGGCUGAGUUGGGGGCCCAGUCCAUAGUCUAUGAGCUGUCGGUUGUGGCUUACAUGUUCCCAUUGGGAUUUGCUGCUGCUGCCAGUGUUCGUGUUGGGAACGCUCUUGGAGCAGGAAACAUAGAGCAGGCCAAGCUGUCCUGCAAGAUCCCCAUCGUCUGUGCAUUCCUCAUCGCGUGUAUUGUUUCAAUCUUCGCCAGCAGUGCUAGAAAUGUCCUCGGAUACAUCUUCACCACCGACGAAGAGAUUUUACAAAGGGUUGCUGACAUCAUGAUCAUAUUUUCCUUCAUGCAUCUUGCUGAUGCUGUUGCGGGGGUGGCUGGAGGCGUUCUCAGAGGAGCAGGAAAACAGAUGAUUGGAGCUCUGUGUAACCUGGUGGGAUACUACUUCAUCGGUUUCCCUAUCGGUGCGUCCCUAAUGUUUGCUGCAAAUAUGGGCAUUGAAGGCCUCUGGACAGGACUCACCAUCUGUGUGUUAAUGCAGGCAAUUUUCUUUGUUGGAUAUUUGAGCAAACUUGAUUGGAAGAAGGCUGCUGAUGAGGCUCUUGUGAGAUCAGGAGUCCAGAUCAAAGAAGAAAGGGAGGUGGUGGGGACAGAAAAUCCAGACUCGGAUCAGAACCAUCACGAGGUCUGCAUUGAUGCUUUCCAUUGUGAGAGUUCUGAGGAGGACGGGACACGUGAGGAUCUGAGUGUCCCAAGCCAGAAUAAAUCCACCACCACCACAGUGGGAAACGUUAUGUCGGUGCAGCAGCUGGUUUUACGCCGAGGACUCACGUUGCUGCUUAUGAUCGUCAUCCUCGUGGUCGGGGUCCUUCUAAGUGAAGUCCUCACCAAGCUGCUGAAAUGAGUCGUUGCAUGAUUUAAGAUCAAUCCUGAUGGCUGUCACAGUUAACAAGGUGCCUUACACAAUAUUUCCAACACUUGAUCACGUUGUCGUGAAAGGGUUACUGGUGCUGUGGAUAGUGAGGAUCUAGCUUUGCACGGCAUUUAGCCAACAACCCUGUCAUGUAACCGGACAGCAGCUCUACGGCUGAACUAAACAAGGUGUGAGGCGUGGAUGAAAGAGGCCAAGAGUGAUACUUUCAGUAGUUAGCGGACCAAACCAAAGUCUGGAUGGAAAUGGGAAACUUAGCCUAAUAUGGCACAUUGAGGAUGAAAAAUGCUUGAUCAGGGUCCCCACGGAUCCUUAAAAAGUCCUAAAUUUAGUUUUUGAUGUUCAAGGUCUAAAAAUGUCUUAAAAGGUCAGGAAAUUUAGGAGGGGAGGUAUUACAGUUGACCUGGGGCAGAAUGAAUGAGUGUGUAUUUGUUGUUUAAUGUGUAUGUUUUAUUUUUCCGGUAAUGUUAUUUUAUAUCCUGCAACGUCCAAUACCUAUUUGUUUUUUACCUGAAAUAGGUAGGCUAGCGCACACUCUGCUUAGUAGGUGGCGGUAUAACGCCUUGUAUGACUGUGAUCUGCAUUUUAAUGUAAAAGAAGAACGUAGUUAUCCAGCUGCCGCGGAAAAAAGGAACACGACGCUGAGGUUAACAAUGGGUAAAUGCAAAUUUAAUGAUAAGUGGUUGGAGGACGACAAGUAUCAUGGCUGGCUGAAACCGUCCAGCUCCUAUGAGGCGCGAUGCCGAACUUUGUCAAAAAAACGUUUAAACUUGGCACAAUGGGGUACAAAGCACUAGAUUUGCACAGGAGAUCAGAAAAACACAAGCGCUAUGCUGGUAUUCAAAGGAGUAAAUGCCCAUAGAGUCGUUCGCUGGCGCUACUUCUAGGUUGGCUGUUAUUCAACUCGUUUUCACCCACAGCCACGUUGAAGGCAGAAGUGCUGUGGGUUUUUCACACAGUUAGUCGUCACCAGUCAUACACCUCAAACGACAACAUUCACACAAUCUUCCGUGAAAUGUUUCCUGAUUCUGAAAGUGCUGAAACUUUCACUUGUGGAAGGGAUAAAACUGCGUAACUUGUGCGGUUUGGAAUAGCUCCUUACAUAAAAAAGGAGCUCAUCUCAAGAGUAAACGAAGAUUCGUUUGUCGACAAGAGCAUGAACAGGACCACCAAGAAUAAACAACUACCGUAGUCCUGCGGCAACCGAUGAGACUGGCACCCACGUUUCAUCCCGUUUCUUUGGAUCACACUUCCUGGGCCAUUCAAAUGCAAUAACACUUUUUUUUGUAUGUCACUGAUUCUUGGGAAUUUGGAUAAAACAGGUUUUAAUUUUGAAAAUAAACAGUUAAGUUAAA